UUGGCCGUCAACGAGCAAAACGACAAUUAUCCACGUUAUAAUUAUCAAUUUAAUGUUAAAUUCGGACCGUUAUUUCGGACGUAAGUUCGAUUUUUGAAGCCUUGCGAUCUGGACUGACUGAUGACGGUUGUUUGUUUUUAUCUGUGGGCAUUAUAAAAAAAAUCAAUCGACAUUUUACAAUUAACUUAUAAAAAGGUUUAAUUGUGCGUUGAUUACAAGCAAGUGUGUUUGUUAUAAUCUAUUUGGUUUAUAUAAAAAAGUGCUCAUUUAAUGUAGGUACCAUAAUGUAAAAAUAAUAAAAGGCGCCAAAAUGAAUCAAGAAACGCGCAGUGAUUCGCCGAGCGACAAACGUCAAGAGAAUUCGAAAACAUCUUUUUUAAUUGAAGAUAUCCUGUACCGCGGGCAAAGGACAACAUUCAAACAGCCAGAUCCAAGGAGGUUCGAUUAUGAGCGGGAACCUAAAUAUUAUCCAACUGCGAGCGAAGUAAGGCCCCAUGUGCCUAGAGAGGGCUAUUUACAGGUGGCAAUGGGGGCUUUAGGUGCUUAUUUACACACGCCAAACACUUUUAAAGCUGUGGAGACUCCGUAUUUUUUGUCACAAGGUGUACCAUACCACGCUCUGUUCACGCCGUCGGAGUUGUCACUCUCUGCCUUGAAGCACUGCAGGCGGAGGAAAGCUAGGACCGUAUUUUCAGACCCGCAGUUAACUGGUCUAGAAAAACGCUUCGAGUCCCAGCGCUAUCUGUCCACACCAGAGCGCGUGGAGUUAGCUGGUGCACUCAACCUGUCGGAAACCCAGGUGAAGACCUGGUUCCAGAAUAGAAGGAUGAAGCACAAGAAGCAGAUGAGGAAGUUGCAACAGAAAGGCAAUUCAGCUGUUGACUUCACAACGAAAUCACCAAACAGCAUUAAGUGUACACAAGAAGACUCCAGGAUAUCGACAACACACACUUCCGACUCCGAUUCAGAGCACAGCGACAGCGACAUCGAUAUAGUCGGCGAAUCGAAUUACGCACAUCACUAUUCGUCAACGUAAAAGUCGAAUAUCGAUUGGCAAAUGAAUCAUAUCAAUAAAGUUUGUACAUCACUAAUUAUAACGGAAUGAUUGGUGGACGAAUUUCUUUCGAAUACAAAUUUGAAUUUGGAAUCGUCGAGUUGUAAUUUUUUUUUUUGCUUAUUCAAAAGAGGUUAUUGAGGAUUCGACUUCAACCUUUUU